AUGGCGGGACAGUUUCCAGGAAGGAUUUGUCUCCUUCUCUCUUGCGCGCUGCUGAAGCCCGUGCUUUCAGCUCAGAGUCAGAUGUGUGACCUGAUUUUGGAAAUAGACAAGGAGAGGAAGAUGUGUGAGGCUCAGAUUGAAAACACAACAACAGGCUGCAGUGGGACGUGGGACAAGAUCACCUGCUGGCCCAGCGCCAACAUCGACCAGGUGGUGACCAUCCCCUGCCCCAAAUAUCUCUUCUAUUUCUCCAGAAGUGUUUCCCCACGUAAUCUGUCAAAGACCUGCACCGCCGACGGCUGGACCCCCAUCAGUAUGGACUCAUACAUACUGGACUGUGGUUACAAUCCCAACAGCACCAUGGAGGAAAAUUCAGGGGAAUUCUUCGGCGCCAUCAAAGUUGGUUACACCGUCGGUCACAGUGUGUCGCUCAUUUCUCUGAUAGUUGCCAUCAUCAUACUCUGUCUUUUUCGGAAGCUCCACUGUACAAGAAACUACAUCCACAUGAAUCUGUUUGUGUCUCUCAUACUGAAAGCUGUGACUGUUUUCAUCAAAGAUGUGGUUCUGUACGACGUCGGCGAGACGGACAACUGCCAGGCAUCAAUCUUACAGACCUAA